AUGUGGUCGGAGCAGAUUCAGGUGCAUGUGACGAGAGAUGGAGGGGAAGGAAUGAAGAGGGGGCGAGGAGGGGAAGUGGAGUGGAAGGGGAGGGAAUGGGGAGAGAAAGGGGAGCAGAAGGGGAGGGGAAGGGGAAGAAAAGGGGAGGGGAAGGGGAAGAAAAAGGGAGAGGAAGGGGAGCGGAAAGGGAGGGAAAGAGGAAAAAAAUAUAAGAGGAAGGUGGUUGUUGCCUGGUCUACAAACCCUUUCCUAUGCGUGGCUCAACUAGCCAUCACUAGCAUACUCUCGCCGCGACCUACGCCGUCGCCGCCGUUCCCCCCCCCCCCUCCCGCCGCGAUAACGCCUUCCUCGCCUGCGGAUACCACCGCCGCGAUCGCAACGCCGCUGUCCCCUCCUCCCCCCCGCCGCGACCCCCUGUCGCCGCCUCCCCCUCUCGCCGCCGCGCCUGAUUCGUCGCCGCCUGCGCAUCCCGCCGCCGCGACGCCUCGUCGCCGCCUGCCCGUCCCUCCGCCGCGACGUCACGUCGGUGCGUUCCUGCCGCCGCGCCUGCUACGGCGCCGCCUGCGCAUCCUGCCGCCGCGACGCCUCGUCGCCGCCUGCCCGUCCCUCCGCCGCGACGUCUCGUCGUCGCGUUCCCGCCGCCACGCCUGCUUCAGCGCCGGCUGCGCAUCCUGCCGCCGCGACGCCUCAUCGCCGCCUGUCCGUCCCUCCGCCGCGACGUCACGUCGCCGCGUUCCCGCCGCCGCGCCUGCUACGGCUACGCCUGCGCAUCCUGCCGCCGCGACGCCUCGUCGCUGCCUGCCCGUCCCUCCGCCGCGACGUCACGUCGCCGCGUUCCCGCCACCGCGCCUGCUACGGCGCCGCCUGCACAUCCUGCCGCUGCGACGCCUCGUUGCCGCCUGCGCGUCCCUCCGCCGCGACGUCUCGUCGUCGCGUUCCCGCCGCCGCGCAUGCUUCAGCGCCGGCUGCGCAUCCUGCCGCCGCGACGCCUCGUCGCCGCCUGCCCGUCCCUCCGCUGCGACGUUACGUCGCCGCCUCCCCGUCCCGCCGCCGCGACCUAACAUCGCCGCCUGCGCAUUCCGCCGCCGCGACUGCUCGUCGUCACCGUCCCGCGCCCCCCCCCCCCCCCCCCCCCCCCCGCCCGCCGCGAUUUCGCAUUUCUGCCUCCCCUCCCACCGCCGCACCUGCUUCUGCGUCACCCACACAUUUCGCUGCCCCUUCUGCAUCGCCACCCGCCCGCAAUUUCCCCUGCUGCAACUGCAACAUCGUCGCCCCGCGGUUCCCAUUAACGCGACUGCACCGCCGCUGCCCUGCCGCCGCCACUGCUUCGGCGCCGCCUGCCCAUCCUCCACCGCGACCGCGCCAUCCCCGCCCACACUUCCUGCCGCCGUGACUGCCCCGUCGCCGCCUGCAGAUUCAGCCGCAACUGCACCCUCCCUUCCUCCUCUCCCUACUCCUCUCCCCCCCCCCCCUCCCCCUCCCCCUGCGCCCCUCGUUGCCGCAGCCUGCCUGCCGCCGCCGUCCCUCAUUUCGCCGACGCAGCCAUUUCCCCGCCGCCUUCACCUUUCUGCCACCGCAACCUGCUUGCAGCCGCUGCUCUCAACAUCGCCGCCGCGGCCCUUCCGCUGUCGCCUGCGCCCUUCGUCGUCGCGGCCUGCUUGCCGCCUCUGCCCCCGACUUUGCCACCGCUCCCCUUCCCGCUGCCGCACGUUCGCACAGUCGCCUGCGCCCUUGUCACCGUCGCUCCCUGCACCUUGA